UCCAGCCCCUCGCGCUCUCUCUAUCAGCCUCUCACUCAGUCUCAAUAUGUCUCAAGAUGGCGGCCAAUGCGGGAUCGAUGUUUCAAUAUUGGAAGCGCUUAGAUUUACAGCAGCUGCAGAGAGAACUGAAUGCCACAGCCACAGCCCUGGCCAACAGACAAGAUGAGAGCGAGCAGUCCAGGAAAAAGCUAAUCGACCAGAGCCGCGAGUUCAAGAAAAACACACCAGAGGAUCUGCGAAAGCAGGUAGCUCCAUUGCUAAAGGGCUUCCAAGCAGAGAUCGACGCAGUGAGUAAAAGAAGUAAGGAGUCAGAGGCUGCCUUCCUAAACGUGUACAAGAGAUUCAUCGAUGUCCCAGACCCUGUGUCGGCCCUGGAGACUGCCCAGCAGCUACAGCUGAAGGUCCAGAGGAUGCACGACAUCGAGACGGAGAACCAGAAGCUCCGCGAGACGCUGGAGGGCUACACCCAGGAGAUCGCUGAGGUCAAGAACCACGAGGUCACAAUUAAAGCACUUAAGGAGAAGAUAGAGGAGUAUGAAGAGACCCUGAGUAAACAGGCCAAGGAGCUGGGCCAGGAGGAGAGGAGAGGGGGAGAAAAGGAGGCGAAAGAGGGGCAGCUUCACAACGACCAUGCAGAGGAGGAGAGUCAACAACAGGAAAACCAGGAGUCUGUGGUGUCAAAGCUGGAGGAGGCAAACCAUAAGGCCCAGUCCCUACAGACAGCACUUGAAGCAACUCAGACAGAGCUUUUGGAACUGAAGAGCAAGUAUGACGAAGAGUCGACAGCAAAGGCCGAUGAGAUUGAAGUGGUGAUGUCAGACCUGAAGAGAGCCAAUCAGAGAGCUGAGGAAGCGGAGAGAGAAGCAGAGGCUCUUCGGGAACAGCUGUCGUCCGCCAACAAGUCCCUCCAGCUUGCCACACAGAUCCAAAAGGCCCCUGACAUGGAGCAGGCCCUGGAGGUUCUGUCGCGCUCCAGUCUGGAGGUGGAGCUGAGUGCCAAGGAGCGGGAGGUGCUGCAGCUAGCCGAGGAUGUGCAGAGACUGCAGGCUAGCUUGGCCAACAUCCGGGAGAAUUCUGCCUCGCAGAUAAGCCAGCUGGAGCAGCAGCUCAGCACCAAGGAGAGCUUACUCAAGCAACUGGAGGAGAAACUGCGAGAGCAGGCAGACUACGAAGCCAUCAAGAAAGAGCUCAGUAUCCUAAAGUCCAUGGAGUUUGGCUCUUCAAACUUCUCCUCAGCACAGGACUCUAAGAAGCCUCUGGAGAUGUUGUUGAAGAGUCGAGGCCUGCAGUCUGAGAGCUCCUCCCUGCGCCUAAACAACAGUGAGCUGAGUGGUGUGAGGGAGCGAAAGGUCAAAGACUCACCAGAGGGUCAACAGCGUCUUCCUGCCACGCCCAUGGGCACCAACUUGCAGGGCUCCCCUCCCCCUCCCUCCUCUCAACUCCUCCUGCGCACUGGCUCAGGUGGUUCCUCCGACACCACCCCUGUCACCACCGCCAAUGGCACGCACCACUUCUCGCCCACGGGCGGCGGGCUUGGCGGGCAGGACUUCUUCAGCCCCUCCUCGCUGGCGUCGGCAGGCACCGCUUUCCCCCUGGCGGGCAAAGUGUCGCUCAAUUCCCUGCUACAGCGCCAGCUCAUGCAGACCUUCUACUCCAAAGCCCUGCAGGACUCAGUGUCUGGCCAGGCCCUGCUCUUCUCCCCUGCCCACUACCCAACCCCUAACUCCCUCUCAGCCAGCCCUCUGCCACCCCAUCAGUCAUUGCAGUCGCAAUCCCAGCAUCCGUCAGCGGGCAGCCCAGACGUUAAUGGCCUAGCCCCCUCGCCCAGCCAGUCAGAGGGUGCAGGGAGUGUCUCGGAAGGUGAAGACAUGGACACAUCUGAGAUAGCGCGUCAGGUCAAGGAGCAGCUGAUCAAGCACAACAUUGGGCAGAGGAUCUUCGGCCACUACGUGCUGGGGUUGUCCCAGGGUUCGGUCAGUGAGAUACUGGCUAGGCCCAAGCCCUGGAGCAAGCUGACCAUCAGGGGCAAGGAGCCCUUCCACAAGAUGAGGCAGUUCCUAUCUGACGAGCAGAACAUCUUGGCACUGCGCAGCAUCCAGGGGAGGCAGAGAGAGAACCCAGGCCAGAACCUGAACAGAGUGUUUCAGGAGGUUCCGAAGCGAAGAACCGGCUCCGAAGGCUCCUCGAGGGCAGGUAACAUCACCACGCGGAUCCGUACUCCGGAGAGUGGGUCAGACGAGGCCAUCAAGUCCAUCCUGGAGCAGGCCAAGAGAGAGCUGCAGGUCCAGAAGGCUGAUGGUGUGGACAACAGACAGCGACGACAGACAGGUUACCCCCGAGGCAUGGGCAACUAUUUCGCAAAAUAUGCACAAAGUCUCAGACUCGUCUCUCUCCCUGCAGUGGACUCGUCUCAGACCCCUCCCUCGUCCAGCAUUGGUGGGGGUGGUAGUAUCGGCUCAGGUGGAUCCUCCAGCUCAGACGAGACCAUCCGCUCCAUCCUAGAGCAGGCAAGGAGGGAGAUGGAGGCCCAGCAGGCCGCCCUGGAGCCCAUCCUCAAGCCCUCCUCCAUGGGCCCCUCUGACCUGGCCCUGCUCUCUCCUAAACUCCUGGGCGCUUCCACUCUCCCGGCCUCCUACUCACCCCUGGCCCUCUCCCUCAAGAAGCCCUCCAUCCCGCCAUCCUCCUCGCCCUCCUCCCUCCUGGACUUCCACUCUGCCAUGGUGAAGGAGGCAGGAACGGUGGUGGUGGGAGAAGGCGGGGGAGGAGGAGGGUCUCUAAUGGACGGAGGGACCAAGCAGGGGCGGGGCUCCUGGAGGGACCAAUGGUGGAAUAGUAUGCACCCCGGGGGGCGGGGAGUCACGUCUAGCAUGAACGACGACGCGCGGAGUCAGGAGGACAGCAAGGAGAAGCCUCCCCGGCUGGCCGGCUCGUCCUCGGCGCUGGCCCCCUUCUCCUCCUCCGUCUCCAUCUCCUCCCCGGACUGCUGGAAGGACUGGCCCCGGGCCGAGUCCCCAUACUCCCAGGCUGACUCCGAGCCCGGCGGAGGCACCAACACCCAGGGGCCCAGCCGCGCCAACACCCCCCAGAGCAGCCCCUCUCCCCUGCCCCUGUCCUUGAGCCUGGGGCCCCUGGGUUCCCUGUUGACACCCGCAGCCAAACCAGUCAAGCCGGUGGUGGCGCCGCUCACGCCUGAGCAGUACGAGGUCUACAUGUACCAGGAGGUGGACACGGCCGAGCUCACGCAGCAGGUCAAGGACAAGCUGGCCAAGAACGGCAUCUGCCAGCGCAUCUUUGGAGAGAAGGUGCUGGGCCUAUCUCAGGGUAGUGUUAGUGACAUGCUGUCCAGGCCCAAGCCCUGGAGUAAGCUGACCCAGAAGGGCCGGGAGCCCUUUAUCCGUAUGCAGCUGUGGCUCAAUGGAGAGCUGGGCCAGAACGUCCUGCCCUUACAGGGCCAGCCACAAGAGAACACCCCAAAGACCUCAGCCAGCUGCAGCCCAGCACCGGAGUCACCCCUCAGCUCGGCCGAGGAGUCAGUGAAGAGCUUGGGGGAGCAGGUGGGAGGAGAGGGAUGUGGGGGUGGAGGAGGGUUGUCCCAGUUCCCCCCCAGGGAACCCAGCGAGCCCUCUGAGUCCCAGCCCGGCACACCGCUGCCCGUCCCCGGUCACUCAGGUCUCAGCAUCCAGGAGAUGGUGGCCAUGUCCCCGGAGCUGGACACCUACGUCAUCACCAAGAAGGUUAAGGAGGUGCUGACGGAUAACAACCUCGGUCAGCGUCUAUUUGGGGAGACCAUCUUGGGUCUGACCCAGGGCUCGGUGUCUGACCUGCUGGCGAGGCCCAAGCCCUGGCACAAGCUCAGUCUGAAGGGACGUGAGCCCUUCGUCCGCAUGCAGCUCUGGCUUCAGGAUCCACGCAACGUGGAGAAACUCAUGGACAUGAAACGCAUGGAGAAGAAAGCCUACAUGAAGCGGCGCCACAGCUCGGUGAGCGAGAGCCAGACGGCGGACAGUGGGGGCUUGUCGGGGGGAGACUUCAGCCAGGGGGGCAGCCCCCAGCACGGCCUCGGCCACCACCUGCACCAGCAACAGCCCCCCCAGCAGCACCUGAAGAAGGCUCGUGUGGUGCUGGCCCCCGAGGAGAAGGAGGCCCUGAAGAGGGCCUAUCAGCAGAAGCCCUACCCCUCGCCCAAGACCAUUGAGGAGCUGGCGUCACAGCUCAACCUCAAGACUAGCACCGUCAUCAACUGGUUCCACAACUAUAGGUCUCGUAUCCGACGGGAGCUGUUCAUUGAGGAAAUCCAGCGAGGUGAGGGCGGUGAGGGUGUCUCCCCAUCCACCAGAGCGGGCAAGGCCAGCGAGGGCGACAGCUGUGACGGCACCGAGUCGGACGGCACGGUGGAGGGCACACGCCCCGGCCACGAGCACCACCCAGCCUCAGAGGGCGAGUGGGGGUCCGACCACAGGGACGAGGGAACUACCUUGGCCACUGGCAGCACCGCCGCAGGUACCAGCGGCAGCCUGUUCAGCUUCCCCGAGAUCAGCCAUGUUUCCUCUGUGUCCUUGGCUGCUACCGCCGCUGCCCGCAACCCCCGCGACAACAGCCUGCGCAAGAAGAAAGCCGCCAACCUUAAUAAUAUCAUCCACCGUCUGGAGAAGGCCGCAAGUAAAGACGAGCCCCAUGAGUGGGAGUUCUAAUACAGUCCCCCCUGCUCACGCUACCGGGGAAAGUUCCUAUUUUUCUAGAGCCCUAACUGCAUAGUCAAGGCCAAGCCUGGAGCAGUACUGCCAGAGAAGAACUGGUGUCUUUUACGAGUUUUCAUAUCAAAGAGGGUUUCGAGAUGCGAAAUGACAGCAACAUCCUGGUUUUGUUUGUAGAUAAAGCACUUAACAGCCCUGCUGGACACAGGUCCCUAACACCACCGGCCGAAGGUGCGAAUGAGACAAAAAACUUGCGCUACUCACAAAGGAGCUUCACUCCACAGGACGAAAAUGUCACGAGAAGCAAUUCUGUGUGUGUGUGUGUGUGUGUGUGUGUGUGUGUGUGUGUGUGUGUGUGUGUGUGUGUGUGUGUGUGUGUGUGUGUGUGUGUGUGUGUGUGUGUGUGUCUUUCCCUUUGAGAGAUUUAUUCGCCACCUCAAAGUUUUUCUAACCUUUUUCGCUCAGUGAAUUCUCACAACAUCUAGCAGACUAAAUGUUACAAUGUUUUCUCUUUUCUCUGUUUUCUAAGAGGUUCCUCCUAAUAACUCCAUUGCAGCUGUUUGGUAUCUGUAAGGAUCGUCAAACGGAAAGCCAAGCAUUUAAAACAUUUGUGUCUGCAGGAGAGAAGGACCAUGGAGAACCCUUUCCCAAGCAACCUUCUUCUCUGUGCCCCAAAAGUUGCCAUGUAAUGGCUUUGGAACUCUUAAUAUGCUAUGGACUCCAUUGAGAAAGGAAUCAACAUUUUUAUAAAAUUAUUUUUCUCCUCUGAGAAAGAAAAAAAAGUAUUUAGCAAUUUGGUUGCCACUAAGAGAUUGCACAGUCGGUCGACUCUAAACAAUGCUAGUUUCGAUUCCUAAAUACUUGGGAAGGAUAAAAUGAUAAGUGAACAUACGAUUUAUCAGUUGUUGAAAGGAACGAUGAAAAAAGAUUAUCACUUUAAUUCACAAUUUUUCAACGUACAACAUAAAAUGCAACGGUCAUGUAAGGAAAAACGAAAAAUCUGAAAACAUCUUGUGGUAGCUGACUUUUAGUGUUCUUUCUCGUGAGUGAUCUAGAAACUCUUUGAUAAGUAGUGCACAUUUCUUUCAUAGCUUUAACUGACUUUCGGGGACGCCAUUUUGGUGGCACCGGGAGCGUUUGUUUAAUACACUCAAUUUUAGGCCAAAAUCAGGUUUGAGAAUUAAGAAAAAAAGAGAAAAAAAAGAAUUAAAUGUAUACAAGUUAAUGGAGAAAAAAAUAUUUCAGUCUAGAUAUUUUUUAAAACAAAAAGUUACGAACCUGCUUUUUAACCACAAAAACCACACUAUUGAGACCUCAGAACCGGGGCGGGCAGUGGAGCCGAUGGCCGCUGUACUUCACAGGCUGGCCCUAGGACGGGGAGGCUUGCGUUUCAUUGGGUGAAAAAGCCAGGAGAUGCACAGCUCACUUUACUGUAUAUUCCAAGCUUCAGGCUCUUUUGCUCUCAACUCUUUACCUAUGGUUGUAUGUAUAUAUGUACAUUGUCAAAACAAAAGACAGAAAAAGAAAGACAAGAAAUCCCCGUUCCUGUUGCAUGCGGUGCACUAUGAGUCGGUGGAAGAGAUCAACUCUCCUCUGCUUGUGUGUUCCCAUACCGACGAGCUACAGGACUGACCUAGUCAUGGUCGACCUGUCACACGUCCCUCCUUUAUACCCCUCUGAGAAAUAUGCUCCACGGGCUGUCAUGUUGGUUUGCUCAGAGGUCAAGAGGUGAAAUGUACCAGUACUUAGUAGAGAUAUUUCAAGAUACAUUUUUACUUAUUUAAUAACCAAUACCAAAAGUUCUAUCCAAACUACUGUUGAUGUGACAUCCCCCAUCCAAUUUGGUCAUCUCUGUUUUAAAGUCGAGCUGAUUCUUCCACCAGUCUUAAUGUGCUCUCUUCCUUAUAUGAACAGUUUUAUGAUCAAUUCAGGACUGUUACGUAGCAUCUCCAUUCUCCACUGGUCUCAACAAGUCCUCUUACCUUCAGCUGAAACUCUUGGCUUGCCUCGUGAAUAUAUCUCAGAGGUUAAGAUCACUUGACACGGGUCAAUGGAAGAAACAAAGACAUUAAUUUUAUACUCAACCCUCAACCCAUCCUCCCUCUCCCAGACAUGGUAGAACAGUAGAAACCCCCUCGCACACGUCGAUCGCAACCUUCUCCCUUCUCUCCCGUUCCUCCUAUGCCACAAGCUCACAGUGCCUGCCCGCCCACUGCCUCUCCCUCUGUGUUUGAGUGUGUGAGAGCACACGUACGUGUACGCAAGUAGACGUGCACGUGUGUGAUGAUGUAUGCACGUACUGUAGGAAAGGGGUGUAAGGGUGUGAGCGAGGACUAGCUGCCCUGCUCUGCCAUACACACCCCUAAGUGUGUAUGGCUCUGUGCGUGUUUUAUACGUCUUUGAUUUGUACAUGCCUGCACACAUAGAGUGCACAACUGCCACCCUUUCUUUCUUCUAAGCUGUUUUCUAAGUUAUCGCUUAUGGCAUAGCAGACUCACAAAUACAGUAGGUCUCCUUUAUUGCCAUAUAUUAACGACUCACAGUAGAUCACUUCAACAAAGAUUUUUUUGGUAAUUUUUUUUGUUCUACUUAUUUAUAGGGGCUGUAUUUUACAUUUUAAUGUCUUAUUGGAUUUUUGUUUUACAUUAUUAUUAUUAUUAUUAUUGUUGUUGUUAUUAUCGUGUGGGACUAUAAGGGGUCAUGUAAAAAAAAUUAUGUUUUUAGACUGAUAGACUGCCGGCAGUAUUGGGUUAUACGUACGAGAUGUAGUUGUUAUACAUGUAUAUUAGUGAAAUUUGAAUAUGUUUUGACAGUGUCAUUUAUAUGGUUUGAACUCAAUUGAGAGAUCAACCCGAUGAUGUCAUCGAUAGCAUUAUGGUGCAUUCACCUUUCGUGAUGUGUCUGUGCAGUUUUCUUUUCUUCUUUUUAACUUGUAUGUAUUUUCCAUGAAGAUAGAUCACCUCAGCAAGCAUAAUUGAAAUCAGGUUGACUCAUUCUAUUUUGUACAUUUUCCGUGUAUCACUGAACCCAGCACAGGACAGAAGUUGUGGUGGGGCUCGAGAACCAAUAGCAUCUGAAUGUCUGGAACUGCUGUCCUUUGGCAUCACCUCUGAAUCUGGCAUUUUAUUUUUGAAAUGUUCCAGCUUUAUUUGAGAUCAAUAAACUGAGGUACUGAUAGGAUCGCUAUAAAUGGGCUUAGAUCUAGCAAGAGAGUGUGACUGGCAUUUCCUGUUUAUUGGCCUUCAUUUGUAGGACCGGGAGGUUUCCUGUCUCUACAACCUAACCAACAUGUGGCUCUGCACAAGGCUAGGGAUCAGAAAACUGGAGUGAACUAUAAACUGUGAUGCGCUUGCUGAAAUCUAAAACGUUUGUGAAGCUCUUAGUACUACUUACACGGACUAUUCAGAAGAUGUUUAUUUCCGCAGUUAUUAUUUGCUAAAUAUAGGUUUAGUUCCUUAAAACAAAACAAAAACUUAUCAAAUGACAUUUUUAUACGUAACAAUAACACAAACAGGUGUGUAAAGCACAAGCACUACUGACCAACAACCUCUUAAAAAGGGGAAGGCAAUUAAACUGUCACAAUUUACCUUAAAAGUUGAAUUGCAUGCUGUUAAAAAUGUUCUAUCCUAUUCUGACUUUACAGUAAUUUUAGUCUUUAAAGACGUCACAUUAUCAACAAAGAAAGAGAUUGUCAACUUUUCAAAUUGUGCACAUUUGGAGCACAAUACAUUGGACUUAAUAUAUGGCUGUCUGAUCCUUGCGUCAUACCCUGGCUCUAUAGAGUGCAUCCUGAAUGCCUACUGCUCAGCUGCCCCUCCUACAGCAAAGCUGGUGGUGAUUGGAUCACCUCUGGAGGGCAGUGAUGUUAGCACACUGUUCAGAAGCCCUUCGUCCUGGCUGGUUCCAAAGUACGCUCUCUCAAGUGCCACACUGCCAGUCUGGCCAAUCACAGCAGUCCCUAUCAGCUGGUCAUACUGUUCAACUGAACUUCGAAUAAAAGCACAAGUACUGCGACAAGUUUAAAAUAAUUGUCUUUCCAUUUAAUGGCUGCAAGUAAAGCUUAAAUUGAUCAUACCCAAAAACAUUACCUUUCAAAAAAGGAGUUGAUGUUUUAGCACUAUUAAAGAGACAUCUUAGCUUAGCACUUAUCGUCUGCAAGUCUUUUCCUCCGGACUAUCUUAAGUUCAUAGGAGUGCCUUUGCCUUAAAGUGACCGAAGUAUUGAUAUUGUUUUAAGGAUUGCUCAUAACUGAAUGCAGUAAGCUGGCCGAGUCUCUUGGUCUGAAGUCUUGCGCCCAUCCCAUCGUCAUUCUCAUGAGACUUUUCAUCACUGAUCUCCAAGUCUUGUGCAGGCACCACAUGGAAACAAGCAAUAAUUUUGAUUUGUCUCCCACAUGCUGUGUCCUCAACACAGCUGUUGACGUCUGUAGCAAUGUUGUUUUGUCUGGAAAUGCUCCACUGCUGUUGAACAAAAGGGGUCCAGUUCUGUGACUGCCUGCAAUCCUGGGCUGGCUCCUCCAGAGGUGAUGCCAAUACAGACUUGUAGGCCACAGAUCUGUAGGAGGUACACAAUCAAAAGUCCAUAUGCAGAUAGUCGGUAUGGCCCUCAUUAACAAUGAUGCAGGCUUGAGUGUCUGGUAGAGGCACUAGUGAAAGGGAUUUCAUCAACAGUAUGUGAGUCUCCCAGAGGGAUUUCAGUUUGAUAUUAUUACUAACAUGUCAACUUGUGCUAUCAUGAUGUCAACUGUUCCCAGCUAAUACCCUGUUAGUACAGGCGACAAUAGCGAUAGCUGACAGGCAGUGCUUUUUGACUUGGAGUUACAUUUCUGUGGAUUUUAUUUUAUUUUUCCAUUUCUCAUUUGAUGCUAAUGCAAGAUUUGAACACGAGUUCUCUCACUUUUUCUCCCCAAAUCAUGUUCUGCUGUCAGCCAUUUUGGAACAUUGCAUGUAUUUGAUUUUUAUCCCUAUUAAUUCAUAGAUCAAUGUGUUUUGGAUUAUUUUUUAAUCGUAAUCAUUUAAAGGGGGGGUUGUGCACUCUGAGCUAAUGGAAGUCAUUCUGGUUGUAGUAGAAACCAAAGUGGUGGAAUUAGUUUUUAACUUUUCCCUAUUUUCAAACCGUCUGAACGUCAUUGCUUCUUGUUAACGUGUAUCACACCUCUUUUUUCUCAUGCUAUAGGUUAGGUUCACAUGACAUUGCUUUGUCAGACUCCUCCUUCUUGAACAAGGGAUUGCACCCUUAGUAUUCAAGGACACGAUUCUCCUUGAGGCCACGGUCAUGGAAAUAAUGCUGACUAGAACGGCACAGAACAUAGACAAGGACCGAUAUCACACACCAAUACAUGAGCAAUACAAUUGAAAGAGGACCAAAUCAGGCUUGACUACCUUUCUGAGUUAUUAUCUAGCACAUGUUCAUAUAGACGUCAUAAAGAACAGGCUAUGUUUAUCAGUCGCAGUUAAUACAGUGCUUAUGUUGUAGGCACUGGGUGUCCAAGAACUAGAGGUCGGUCCUCUUUUUUCUGCUCCUGUUCAUCUGUAUACUUCUGCAAUUGACAGGGAAAGGUUUUCUUAAAGUGUUGGUUAGAUUUGUAGACACAGAGUUGUCUGUAGCUUUCUGAAUGAACGGGUAAGAUUCUGAGUAUCAUAAAGAAUUAGGGGACUGGAUUUCACAGUGGAACCCUGGAGGAAGCACCCAAAGCAACACUGGUUUAUACAAAGGGCAUUUUGCAUGUGUUUGUUCAGUUUCUUUGUGCUACAGUUCCCUUCUGUGUUUUCAUAUUCUUUUUCUGUUGUUAAGAAAAAUAUAGGUUGUUGCAGAAACCAUAUGAUUUUUUUGGAUGAAUUUCAGGAAUUUGCCCUUUGCAAAUAUUUUUCUAUAGAACUAAAGUAGAUUGCUAUCAAUAUUAUAUACACUGUCAUAUAAAGUUGUACAGAUAUAUAUCCUUAUAGCAAGUUGUUAAGAAUUACUAUGGGUUUGUUUUUUGUUAUUACUGUCAAAGUAUUGGUAGUUCUCUCUCUGUAGGGUUGAUGUGUCCAUAGCUUAGUUUUUUCCCCCCAUGUCAGGACUACGAAAACCUCACACUGUAAGAUUGACUUCAAGGAUCGUUGCAUACGUAUUAGCGUUAGCCAGCGCUAAUCUCAUGGUGUUUGUGUAUCAUGGAUUCACAUUUCUCUUAUGACCCUCCAAUUAUUUCAUAACCUUAUGUUAUUUGUGAGACAAACGUUAACCCAGUAAACAUGAAGACCAAUGCCUUGAUUCUCAUUGAAGCAUAUGCAUUACAGAACCAUAUGCCAUUGCACAUCACUAGCCCCAAUGUAUACUUGCUUUUAUUUAUAGUAUAUACACUCCUUAGGCUUUGUUAGAUUCUCCUUAUUCAAUGUCAACAGACACUGGUAGUGACAAAAGGUUUUUGACGAUGUUUGCUAAAAGUGUGAUGAAAUCUGGAAUUAUUUGCUUUUGAUUUGCCUUCCCGUUUUAUUUGAUUUGAACAUUAAUGCAUUUAUUUUUUGCUCUCAUCUUUUUGCUUGUGUUAAGUCUCAGAAGUCAGCCAGGGACAGUAGUCUUGUGAUUGUGAGAAGAGUCAGAAGUCGCCAUGUUAAUAGAGUUGUGAUGCCAGUGACAUUGGAAAUGGAGACUAAAAUAGUGGUCAACAAUGGCGGCAUUAAUAAUGUCAUAUUCAAUCUGAAUUUGGAUUAUCUAAGUGCGGUCACACAUUACUUUAUGCAUUACUGAUUGACUGCUGAUUGACAUUUUGCAUCCAACGCAGUGGUGGUUGGCAUAUAAGUUACGAUGAAAAACUAUUUAAUAAAUGUUGACAUCGAUUAACGGUUGGUUGUGUUACAGUAGUUUUGGGCCUUUGGACAACUAAAUUUGCUCCCUUUAGAGUGACAUCCAAUAUUGUGUUUUUUGAAAGCUGUGUUUUUAGAGCUUUAGUGAAGGAAGCAUGAUAGAACUACAUCACCCACAGUCCUUUGCUGCUACCUUGUUUGCUUUCUAUUCAUAUGAGAGGAUGUUGUGGUGGCGGAGUCACAUACUUGUAUAAGCUGAGUGUCUAUGGAGUCCCCUCCCUCAGUUCAGCUCUAUGUCUCCAUACUCACAUUGACAUACUCCCAAGGCCUCAACAGACUGUAUGAAUUUGCAACUGGACAAAUCCCUGCUAAACUGCUGAAGUCAUCAAGUUUGUUUGUGUCCAGUUCACCUUUGUUUGGCCAUGUGCUAUAUCUAAGUCUAAGAUCGUUGUUUUCAUGUUGUCGUAUAAAAUCGAUUCUCAUUGACUAAAGCCUUGUUCACAUUGGAAGUUGACUCAAAGCACAUUUUUUUGCAUAUCUGAUUCGAAUGUGGUCUUUUUCCUGCAGUCUCAACAGCCAAAAAGCACAUGGAAUCAAAUAUUUCAAUCCACAUUUCAAACCACCUUUGAAGUCUGAUACAAAUAUGAUUCCUGGCCAUGCAGCUUGUGUCUGAACAGUCAAAUCUGAUUUAUUUGCCCUCAAAUGGUUUUUAAGACUGUUAUUUGGCAUAUCUUGUUGCUUGCUAGCUACUCUGUUUCCAGUUUGACAAGAACAUAUGGUAGCGAAAUAGUUUGUUCAUUGUUAGUGAAUGUGCUAGAAAGCUAAACAGCUACCUAGCUAAGUGACUAAAAGUUGGAUCAUCUUAUCCUUUGAGGCUUUAUAAUUGUUCUUACACAAUGAUUUUGAACAUUCAAAGCAACUUGAAGGUUGUCACCUUAGCUUGCUACAUUACUUCUGAGUGAUAGGAAGCAGGAGCACCGCCACCAAUCAGCCUACACCACAGUGCACGCCUGUCAUUACUAGUGUAGCCAUGUCAGCAAAUGACUGCUGUCUGAAUACACAUUUCCAAUUUGGUCACUUGUUACUUGCUGUUUGGACAGUCAGUAUUCCAAAACGGAUUUGAAAAACAAAACUGAUUUGUGCUUCAAGGCCUGCAGUCUGAACAAGGCUUAAUUGUGUUAAGAACAAAGCUAGCUAUACUCGCCAAUGGUUUUGGCUCCUCCCCUUUACUACUACCCUACCAGGUUUAUAAGCAACCUUCCUUAGAGGUCUAUUUUUCAGCUGAUGAUUUUGAAACUAGGACACUACUUUUAUCAAGCAUGGAAAGAAGUCUGAGUGUAUGUGUUAGUGGUUGGAUGGUGUCAAUUUGGCCGACUCUCAAACUUCAAAGUGCCAGAGGUCUCCAACUUUCUGAUGUUUGGUCAGGCAGCCAUCUCACUAUCAGUUUACGUACUGUAAUGUCAAGUUGCUGUCUCAGUAGACUUUCAAUUCCGUGUAUAUACUAUCUGAUUACACAUAGGUCACGUUGUUGGUCAAAUGUCGUUCAGUUACAGAACUUGAGAAUGCCUGUUUCAAAAGACACUGUAGAUUUUCUGAAAUAAUUGAGACUAACAUGUUUUAGCCUGUUUGUUUGCUUUUGCUUUGUAAAUGGGUGAAAGAAAAUCAAGAUUUUAUACCAAAUAUUGUUUGAUUCUUUUUCCACUGCUAAGGAGACCUUUUAGUACCUUGAAUGAAAGGUUUAUUGCUUAGCUCUUGUUUUGGCAAAUGUGAGUGUGAUUGGAGAUGUAUAGAUAUCGCUUCCAUAGAAAUAGAUUUUUGCAAUUUAAUUUCUUAUGAAGGUUAUGUGAUUUGUUUUUUUAAACCAAACUUCACAUUGAAGUUAGUUACCAUAAUGUUACAAAAUAAAAAAAAUCCCUUCAACCAAAAAAGUGUAAUUCUCAACGAAGAGUUGGUACUUCCAACUGAAGAGUUUCAGCGCAAUUCACUUUUCCUCCAACACUUCACUUAUGAAUUAUAGCUUGACGUGGGGCAAAACAUUUUGGCAUUCAUAUGACAUGGCGUGUGUGUGUGUGGAGUGUUGAGCGGCUCCUAUGCAGUUAAGGGAGGCAGUUUCCUUAUUCCUUUUAGUUUGUGUCCUCUCUUUUUUUACUGACUGCUUUUGAAGUGAGGAACCCUCCCACCAUCUCAGCUGGUCUAAUUGUGUCUCUCAAAGCUCAGGUGGAAACUACUUUUAGCAGAGUUCUUGUGUCACUGUCACUGGCAAAAACAGUGCUCCCCCCCCUUCAUCUUCAGUCCAGAGAGAGGUGUAGUUAGUUGCUGUCAGCUGAUUUAUUUUUCUAUGAAGCAAUUCUAGGCCUCAUGAUCGGCAAUGAAAGGUUGACUCCACCUUCACAGGAAAAAAAGAAACUUCUUCCAGUUUCAGUUUGUUCUCUCGUUUGGUUCCUUUUUAUUUGGUCAUUUAAGUCAUGUAGUCUGUUCCCAGCACUGUAAGACAGUCCCUAUACAAUAUGGAGAAGCAAUAUCACUGUAUGAAACUCACAAUGUAUUAUUGUUAUUAUUAUUGUUAUUAUUAUUAUUAUUCACUAGCACCCUAGGUGUGAUAAUUGAAGUAAAUAUCUUUUAUACAAACACAAA